ACCUGUCCCUUGCCAGCGCAGGGGUUGAGACCGCGGCCCUAGUCCUUGCCUUCAUAGCAGCGAGGCCCUGCCUGACGAGUUCCCUUCCUCCAUUCGAUGUCUGAAGACAAGUAGACCUCGAAUGAAGUUGACCGGAAAAGGGACGUCGAAAUUGCCGGAUUCGAACUACUGACUUCCCCAUCUGAUUGUUCUGAUUGUUCUGUGAUUCCCACCGCGCUCCAGCCUCAGGGGCCUUCCCGCUCGUGCGGUGUUACCUUGGCUUCCUCCACAGCUUGCUUGACGCUGCUCUUAGCACCUGCGCGGGGCACCGCACAACGCCAUGGCCGGCCGCUACGCCCCCAUCCCGACGAGCACCGACGCGGAGCGUGAGCUCGACGAUGCCUUUGGGCCUGACGACGACGGCGAUCACCACGAGACGGCCCCCUUAACUGGGCGGCGGCAGUCCGCAGACCAUUACGAUGACAGGCACUACGAUGACCGGCAGCACGGCGGGGAGCAGGCUACCAGCGCGCUGGCGGGCGGGUACGACUUCGACCGCGAGUACGAGUACGACAGGCCUCCGCCGGGGAGCCCGCCAGCACCGUCGGCGCGCGCUCUUCCCAACGAUUAUGGCAACACGAACGGCGAGAUACCCACAGCGCCUGCCCUGCCAACACCACCCCGACCGCGACUAGGCAUCCUGCGCCGUGCGAUGGGGGCUAUACUGCCCACGCAUUAUGCGCCACUACCCCAGACCGAGGUAGUGCCUUCGCAUGCGGUCGGUGGUGGCCUGCAGAACGAUGGUGUCUUCGCGAACGUCACUGCGAAGCCCGACCGCGGGCAGCUCGUGCGCGCGACGAACGGGGAGACGUACGUGAUGCCAGAGGAUGCGCAGAAGGACACGCCGCCAUCCUACGUCGAGGCUCAAGCCGAUGCCGUCCCCACGUACUACGAAACAACCGUCCAUGCUGCCCCCGUCGAUCCCAGCGCAGACAUCCUUGUCGACGAUCUGCCUCCAGGCUCACUCUGGAUCUUCCUCAUCAACGUCUUCAUCAGCUUUUUCUUCCAGGUCGUCGGCUUCCUCCUCACCUACCUCCUCCACACCACGCAUGCCGCCAAGUUUGGCUCGCGCGCCGGCCUGGGCCUCACGCUUAUCCAGUUUGGUCUGUACUCGCGCGGGAUCAGCAACGGGGAGAACCCGCCGCGCGACCCCGUUGAUGCGCUUUUCGGCUGGACGAUGGGCGGGAUGAACGAGACGAUGAUGAUGGGGAACGGGACGUAUGGUGGUGAAGGCAUGGGCAUGUACGGUGGGAAUACCGAGGACUCCAACAGCAUCGCUACUCCCUCUAUGGACUCCCCCUCCGAUUCGUACACCGCCGAGCCCGACAACUCAGAGACGCACGACUGGAUCGCGUUCAUCCUCAUGAGCGCCGGCUGGUUCGUCCUCUUCACCUCCGUCGUCGGUUACUGGCGCGUCAAGCGCUGGGAGCGCGCCAUCCGCUCCUCCACCAUGCUCGCCCCCGACGCCAACACACCCCGCACCUCGAACAUCACUGCCCAGCUCUUCGGCCUCAACCCGCGCUCGUCCCUCGGUCGUCGCUCUACCACCUCCCGCUCAUCCCUAUCGCGAACCGCCCAGCCCGUCACACCCGCCGCGCUCGCCCGCGACCGCGAGAUUCGGCGGAACCUCGAGGCCGUGUUCGGAAUCGCGGCGGAGGACGAGGCGGAGGCGGAGCGUGAGCGCCAGCGGGCGGAAGCUGAGCGCAGAGUGCAGAGGGACGAGAAUGGGAAUGUCAUCGUGCUGCCCGCGAGGGAGACCCUGGAGGAGCAGCGGUUGACGCGCGAUCUGCAGGCGGCGGGGUUGCUGUGAUGGGCGAGGAGGAUGAUAUGCUCCAGCGCUUGCGUCUUGGGCACGGUGAUAUGCAGGGAUAGACGCCUCGUUCGUUCUAUGGACGCACUUGCCGGUCGUUUGUGGGCUUGGUCUUGGGUGCACGCUUUACAACUCCAGUCGUUGCAGGAGGGCGUCAUUCGCGCCUGACACAGUCUGUGAUCUUGACUUAUCGUUCUUUGAUACUGACCGGGAAUUGACUCUAGUAUCUAUGUAAUUGAAUUUAUCCUUGCUGGAUUGUGUAUAGCGACACACGCGGACGGUAUACUUUCAACUGGGGCGAUGGACCUUUAUCAUAAACCGGCUUUCACCUGCCCUUCAAUCUCCUGAGGUCGCUACAGCUUUGUCUUGUCUGCCAGCAGCCCAACUUCAGAUCCUCAGCGGUACCAUUCAAAUCUCGAGGGGCGCCCUGCAGGUCUUUGCAUCGCCAUUCAGUUCAUUGCCGCCGAAGGGCCCUUUCCAUUCAAAGCUGC